GUUUUUCAUUUGCCGUGUGUGAUCUUCUGUUCUUGUUUUCCUCUCGCCACCGUGUUUAUCGUUCGCGUGAAAAUUUUGAGCCUUUUGGAGCUCAUAUUGAUUCGUACAAUUUCCUUCAGGGCUGUUCCAUUUUCUCUCUACUGCUCGAUUUUUUUAUCGCGCGAGAAAAUAGCUCUGGUGGGAUUCAGGAUUUUCCUUCUCUCCUAGGCUUCGCAUUGGCGCUUUGUCUUAUCGGCGAACGGGUUCGUUUCGAAGUUGGGGACAGGAAAAGAGAGCAGCAGAGGAAUCGAAGGUUCCGGUCUUGUUUCUAGGGUGGGAAAAAGUCUCAAAUCUGCUGCGGUGAAGUGUGAACUGUGUUCGUUUGUUGUAUGAGAGAUGUCGAUACCAAAGGAACCGGAGCAUGUGAUGAAGCUGAGAGAUGGAUCGGUACUUGGGAAGAAGACGAUCCUCAAGAGCGAUCACUUCCCGGGAUGUCAGAACAAACGUCUCUCUCCUCAGAUCGAAGGCGCUCCCAAUUACCGUCAGGCUGAUUCACUACGUGUCCAUGGAGUUGCAAUUCCAACUGCUAUUGGAAUUGGAAACGUCCUUAGGCACAUUGGAGCUCACAAAGAUGGGAAGCAAGUCCAAGUUCUUUGGAUUAGUCUUAGGGAGGAACCGGUAGUAUAUAUAAAUGGGCGGCCUUUUGUGUUACGCGACGUGGAGAAACCUUUCACCAACCUUGAGUAUACGGGGAUCAACCGCGACAGGGUAGAGCAAAUGGAAGCUCGGCUGAAAGAAGACAUUCUCGUGGAGGCGGCGAGAUAUGGAAAUAAGAUCCUUGUCACUGAUGAAUUGCCAGAUGGUCAAAUGGUGGACCAAUGGGAGCCAGUCUCAUCUAAUUCUUUGAAGACUCCACUUGAGGUUUAUGAAGAACUGCAAGCAGAAGGUUACCUUGUUGAUUAUGAACGUGUUCCUGUGACGGACGAAAAGUCACCAAAAGAAACAGAUUUUGAUAAAUUGAUUCAGAAGAUAUCUGAAGUUGACAUUAACACAGAGAUAAUUUUUAAUUGUCAAAUGGGACGUGGACGUACUACGACCGGUAUGGUGGUUGCCACUCUGGUCUAUCUCCAGCGCACUGGAGCAUCAGAUCUAGGUUUCCCAAGAAGCAACUCUUUGGGGAGAAUUUAUAAUGCUGGUCAAAAUAUUACUGUUAGUCUGCCAAGUUCUGAGGAGGCGAUCCGUAGAGGGGAAUAUGCAGUCAUAAGAAGUUUGAUUCGGGUCUUAGAGGGAGGUGUUGAAGGCAAAAGGCAAGUUGAUAAAGUCAUUGACAAAUGUGCAUCCAUGCAGAAUUUACGAGAGGCAAUUGCAACCUAUCGCAGUAGUAUUUUGCGCCAACCCGAUGAAAAGAAGAGAGAGGCAGCACUCUCAUUUUUUGUCGAGUACUUGGAAAGAUAUUACUUCCUUAUAUGCUUUGCUGUAUAUCUUCAUUCAGAGGGUUCUUUUCUUCAAUCUGCUUUGCUUGGCCAUGUCAGUUUUGCUGAGUGGAUGCGAGCUAGGCCAGAACUCUAUAGCAUACUACGCAGGUUGCUCAGGAGAGAUCCUAUGGGUGCUUUGGGAUAUGCAACUACGAAGCCUUCUUUGACAAAAAUCGCAGAAUCAACUGGUGGGCGCCCCCAUGAGAUGGGUGUUGUUGCUGCACUUAGAAAUGGAGAAGUGCUUGGAAGCCAAACUGUCCUGAAGAGUGAUCACUGUCCUGGUUGUCAAAUUCCAUGUCUACCAGAGAGGGUGGAAGGAGCACCGAACUUCAGAGAGGUUCCAGGAUUUCCUGUUUACGGUGUUGCAAAUCCUACCAUUGAUGGCAUUCGAUCUGUCAUCGCAAGAGUUGGAAGUUCCAGAGGUGGCCGGCCAGUUUUUUGGCACAACAUGAGGGAAGAACCUGUCAUUUAUAUCAAUGGAAAGCCGUUUGUGCUACGGGAGGUUGAAAGGCCAUAUAAGAACAUGCUAGAAUACACGGGCAUUGAUCGAGAUAGAGUUGAGAGAAUGGAAGCUCGUUUGAAGGAGGAUAUUCUGAGAGAGGCUAAGCGGUAUGGGGGUGCAAUAAUGGUCAUUCAUGAAACGAAGGAAGGGCAGAUCUUUGAUGCAUGGGAGCAUGUGAAUUCUGACUCUGUUCAAACACCUCUCGAAGUUUACAAAUGCUUAGAGUCUGAUGGUUUUCCUAUUAAGUAUGCACGUGUGCCUAUAACUGAUGGUAAAGCUCCCAAAAGUUCAGACUUUGACACAUUGGCGACAAAUAUCUCUUCUGCUUUGAAAGAUACUGCUUUUGUCUUCAAUUGCCAGAUGGGUAGAGGAAGAACGACUACUGGAACUGUCAUUGCCUGCCUUGUAAAGCUUCGUAUCAAUUAUGGGAGACCCGUUAAAGUCCUUUAUGAUGUUCUGACUCACGAAAUUGUGGAUGAAGAUUCUUCCAGUGGUGGUGAAGAAAGUGGAGGUAAUAACACUGAAACAAGAUCUCGUAAUUCUGGACGAAGAACUGAAGAGGAACAUGGACGUGCUUUUGGAAUGGACGACAUCCUUCUGUUGUGGAAGAUCACUAGAUUAUUUGAUAAUGGGUUUGAAUCCCGUGAAGCAUUAGAUGCUGUGAUCGAUAGAUGUUCUGCAUUGCAAAAUAUCCGUGAAGCUGUUUUGCAGUACAGGAAGGUUUUCAACCAACAACAUGUCGAGCCAAGAGUGAGGAGUGCAGCCCUGAAACGUGGUGCUGAGUACUUGGAAAGAUACUUCCGUUUGAUUGCCUUUUCUGCGUAUCUUGGAAGUGAGGCUUUUGAUGGAUUCUGUGGCCAAGGAGAAUCCAAGGUUACAUUUAAGAAUUGGUUACAUCAGAGGCCUGAGGUGCAAGCAAUGAAGUGGAGCAUAAGGCUACGACCUGGGAGAUUUUUCACCAUUCCUGAGGAAUUGCGGACACAGCAUGAAUCUCAACAUGGAGACGCGGUCAUGGAAUCUAUCGUCAAGGAUCGCAGUGGGUCUGUUUUGGGCAAAGGCUCUAUACUUAAAAUGUAUUUCUUUCCCGGCCAAAGAACUUCCAGUCAGAUGCAGAUUCACGGUGCACCUAACCUAUUCAAGGUUGAUAGGUGUCCUGUGUAUAGCAUGGCGACCCCCACAAUCUCUGGGGCAAGAAAGAUGCUUGCCUAUUUAGGCGCCAAACCGGCAGAAGAAGGUGGGGGUACCACGAAGAGAAUAGUAGUGACAGACUUGAGAGAAGAAGCAAUUGUCUACAUCAAUGGGACUCCGUUUGUUCUGAGAGAGCUGAAUAAACCUGUUGAUACCCUCAAGCAUGUCGGAAUAACCGGUCCAGCGGUGGAGAGCAUGGAAGCACGGCUAAAAGAGGAUAUACUGUCAGAAGUUAAAGAAACCGGUGGCAGGAUGCUAUUGCAUCGAGAAGAAUACAGCCCAGCAUCAAAUCAGUCUCGGGUAAUAGGAUACUGGGAGAACAUUUUCCCGGAUAAUGUGAAGACGCCUUCUGAAGUAUAUGCUGCUUUAAAGGAUGAAGGGUACAACAUAUCAUAUCAGAGAAUCCCCUUAACAAGAGAAAGAGAGGCAUUGGCUUCUGAUGUUGAUGCCAUCCAGUACUGCAAAGAUGAUUUGGCAGGGAGUUACCUAUUUGUAUCGCACACGGGAUACGGAGGAGUAGCAUAUGCAAUGGCUAUCACAUGUCUUGGACUCCAAACUGGACAGAACUUGACAACUGAGUUAUCGCGGGAUCCAAAUUCGACCGGGGAAGAAGAAGAGGAGAGUUGCAGGAGGGCAUCUGAAGAAGAAGCAUGGAGGAUGGAGGAUUACAGUGACAUACUGAGCCUGAUAAGAGUGCUUACACAUGGUCCUCAAAGCAAAGCAGAUGUUGAUGGAAUCAUCCAACUGUGUGGGGAAGCAGGGGAUUUAAAGGAAGAUAUUCUAUACUACGCCAAAGAAAUCAAGAAACUUCCAAACAGAGAUGAUGAAAAACGUGCGUACAUAAUGGAUAUGGGUGUCAAAGCCCUGAGGAGGUACUUUUACCUGAUUACGUACAGAUCUUACCUCUACUGCACGUCCCCAGACGAGAUGAAGUUCAUGGAAUGGAUCGAUGCUCGACCCGAACUUGGCCAUCUCUGUCAUAACCUCCGCAUUUAAAAUCUACCCAAUUGAACUGUACAGCUCUCUCUGCUUGUAUCUUCUUCUAUGUUCCCCGUCCCAUAGGCUCCUCUUGUACAUUUUUAUGCCAGUAGUUGCGAAAAAUCCUCAUCAGGCUCUCUCUUAUCACUCUAAAAAGUAUCUUUUUUUUCUCUUUUUAUUAAAAAAAUCUAUCUAGUUUUAAUAUACAUGCGUGUAUAUACCUGGUUUUGGUUUUAGGUA